CCUGGCUAUGUACCAACCUAACGCAUUAAGCAUGCAAGUACAUUAACUAUCGCUGGUUUGGAAACAUGUGACAGCACCCUCUGCAGAAUACGACCGAUUUCCAGUUGAAAACCAUCGCUUCUACCACCAACGAUUGGACCCAAAAUCAAUCACCCUUUUCCCUCUCUUCUUUGCACCUGGCUCACAUCUCCCAGAGACUCACUCGCAAGAGUUGCAGCAGCACAUACAUGACUCUCGAUUCCGCCCUUUCCUCGAUCAUACCCCUUUGACCGGUUCAGGUUCAGAUACGCAGCUGCUCAAACUGCGCCACGUCGACAAUCCAGGUGGCGGUCGGCAGCCUAGAGGCGGAUGCCGUUCAGAACGAGGCAGCUAUGCGCGGCCAGGCAGUACCUGAUACGUCUUCAGCUGUUUCCGAGAUGACGCACUGGUGCCUCAUCCACGGUAUCAGACGGCAUGAAGGAUUUGCAACCGAACUGCACGGGAAUCCCGAACUUCCCGCCGUCACGCGGGGCGCUCAAUGCGCGCGCGAUCAUGAGCGAUCUCGACCUGCUCCCUGACGUGGCCAUCGCGGAGGAGGCGCGGGACAACACGGUCAAUGGCCAAGCCAUCUACGAGCUCAUAGUGCAACAACCCACCCGGUACGCCGUGAUGGACGACUACAACCGGCUCGUUCGCGACACACCCAUCCCCGGCGCAAGUCUCAACGGAGAUACAUGUGUUCGCUCGAUGCUCGACAAGCCCCAGCCCGCGGGAGACCUGGUCAAUGCAGACACGGUUGCCAAGCUCUAUUUCGACAUCACCGAGGACCGCAACAUCUCGGUCACCGGCAUCCUCCCGACCGAACGGCCCGUCUCCCCGGAAACCGUCCGGCUCCUCUUCACCCCUCUGCCAAGGGAUCUCCCUGCUGUCGACAAGGACAUCCUGAUUCUCAUCUCGGCCUGGUCUGGCGACAUUGACCGCUACGCCCGCCUGCGGCGGCCCGUACCCGUGCCGGGCGAGCUGCAGUGCGUCGUCCGGGGCAUCUACCACAACACUUUCUUCGCCAAGUGGUGGUCCACCCUACCCCAUGUCCAGCAUGAGCGUCUCCUGGGCAGCGAGGGUCGCAACCUCGAGCACAUCCAUGCACGGCUGGUCAUGAACAACGACCUAUCGUGGCUGACGGAUUCCACGCCCGAGAGCGAGCUGCCCCGGCUGAUCCGGCACCCGCACUUUGCCAACCGGGUCACCUACGAGGAGCUUGUGCGCCGCCGGCCAUCCAUGAAGAAGACCUGCGUCAUAGCCUGCAUGCACUACAAUGACAAAGAGGCCUUCACUCGCUUCGGGGAGGUCAUUCCCGACGAUGAUCUCUUGGACGCCGCCUCGGAUCAUGAUCAUCAUGGUUGGCACUGCAAAUGGAUUGAGACCAGGGCCAAGGAGCUAGACAUCGACCUGUUCCCGUAUAUGACGGAUCGCCAAAGGGAGGAGUGGCAGGAACGCAGGUGGAAAGAACUGUGGCCGAUGGCGAUGGUGCACUGCAAGCUUUGGAGGAGUGUGUAUAGGACGUCCAUGCUGUAUCGGGAGAUCACGACGGGGCAUCUCGGCUUCCACAAUGAAACGCCCGCGAUGCCUGGGUGGAAAGCCGCGAUGAAUGAUUGCGGCAGGUACGCCGGGAUUGACAUGAUCGAACUGCAUGUGUCGGCUCUCGAGAAUGUGAGCAGGCUGGUGCCGGAGGGGUACGAGCUGCGCGACCUGGUCGUGGCUUACAGAGACUGGGAGUGGGUGGAGGAGAGACACAUCAAAAUGCUGGGCCUCUACCCGGACCCGGCACAACCGGGAGGUGGCGCGUAUCGAGGGCGGGGCCGCGGGAGGGGUGGUCGGGUGUUGCCCCCCUUUAGGCGCACAAGCCGUUCGACGAUGCCGUCACCGGGGUCGUCACCAUAAUG